AUGAUUGGAGUUUCAUCUACGAUUCAAAAAUGGCAAAUGCAAAUUAUUCAUUCUAGUUUACUUGAUAUUAAAAAAUUUCAUCCGAAUGUAACAGCUAUUGUUAAUGCAGCUAAUGUAUAUAUGAGAGGAGGUGGAGGUCUUGAUGGAGCUAUACAUGCAGCAGCUGGUUCUCAAUUAUUAGCUGAAUUAAAACAACUUGUACCACAUAAAACUCAAACAGCACAAGUCAUUGUUACAAAAGGAUAUAAAACGGGUUUUGAUUAUAUUUUACAUGUUGCUGGUCCAGUUUAUUCUUCGACAAAUCGUGAUGAAUCUCGACGACUUCUUGAAGCAACAUAUAGAAAUGUUAUACAGGAAGCUGAUAAAUUAAAAACAGUUACUGCACUUGCUUUAGCAUCAAUUAGUACGGGUAUAUAUGGUUAUCCAUUAAAUGAUGCAGCACCAAUAGCAAUAUCAACAGUUGCUCGAGAAUUAUCACAAGCACAAAAUUUAAAUACAGUUAUUUUUGCUAUGUUUGAAAAACGUGAAUUUGACCGCUUAUAUACAAAAACCUUGAAACGAAGAGCUUUCAACUACAAGAAAAUGAAUGGUAAUGCACCGAUGAUAGAUAUUACUAAUAAUGGUGGUGAAGUAAAUCAAAGUUAUGUAAAAAGUCAAAAUGAUUCUCAAUUGUCAACUAUUCAUGGAGGAGAAAGAGGAGAUAAAAGCCAUUUAUCACGUACAUCAUCGGCAUCGACUGGAUCAAUGCGUGUUAUUUAUGAAAAACAACCUGAUGGAGAUAAAAAUGAAAUUACUUUUGUAUCACCUCCAUCAGCUCAUUCGUCAAAUCAUAGUCAUCAACAACAUCGUCGAUCAACUGGUAUAGGACCAAAUGAACGGCUAUUAUCUAUACUUGAUCCAAUGUCAGAUCGUGUUAGUACAAUUCUUGUUUGGCAAAAUCUAAUUGUUUCGUCACGACAAGAUGAUAAAAUGCAAUUUUUCCGACGUUUAACAUCAAAAGAUGCUCAGCCAAAAACUAAACGUUUAUUACAUAAUGUAAGCGGAGCUAUUACUGGUGGAUUAUGGGCUGUGAUGGGUCCAUCGGGUUCUGGUAAAUCAACACUUUUAAAUACAUUAGCUUGUCGUUUGGAUGUUAAUACAAUUGUUGAAGGUGAAAUGCGUUUAAAUGGUGCACCAUAUGAUAAUGCCGAAUUAAAACGUAUAGCUGGUUAUGUUAUGCAAGAUGAUUUAUUGAGUGGAUAUUUAACUAUUGAAGAAACUUUAAUGUUUACAGCUGAACUACGUUUACCACGAACAUUUUUAAAUUUACAACGACAAGAACGUGUUAAUGAAGUUCUUGAUGAUUUAGGUUUAACACAUGCACGACAUGAUAUUGUUGGUAUUCAAUCAAAACGAGGUAUAUCGGGUAGUGAACGUAAACGAUUAUGUGUUGCUAUGCAAUUACUUAAUCGUCCACAAUUAUUAUUUCUUGAUGAACCAACAACUGGUUUAGAUUCAGUUACAGCACUUGAUUUAUUGUAUACACUUCAUGCGCUUGCACAUGGUAAAUCACAAGCAAAAGCUAUAACAAUUGUUUGUUCAAUUCAUCAACCACAAGCAAAAAUCUUUAAUUUAUUUGAUUCAAUUAUUUUACUUAAAGCAGGUCAUAUUAUGUAUCAAGGUUCAAGAAAACAAUCAACAGAAGUAUUUCGUGCUGCUGGUUUUCCUUGUCCAUUAUUUACAAAUCCAGCUGAUCAUCUUUUAGAUGUUAUAACACCACCAAAAACUGAUCAAACAAAUGCUGAUGAACCUCCAUUAUCACUUGAACAACAAGCAGCUGUAGAUGAAGCACUUAUAAAAGCACAACCACCAUUUGAUAUUGAUCUUAAUAUGGGUGUAAAUAAACGUCUUGCACUAAUGGCUAAUUUACCACCUAAUCCAACAUGGUUGAAACAAGUACAAAUACUUUUUCGUCGUAAUUUACGAGAACAACUUCGAAAAAUACAUAUUGUUAUUACUUCAAUUUUACAAACAGUUAUUAUGGCUGUUUUAAUUGGUACUGUUUUUUUAAAAAUUGGCACUACACAAAAAAGUAUUGUACGUCGUGAACCAGUUAUAUUCUUUUGUGCUAUCAAUCAAGGUGUUUUUGGUGCAUUAACAGUUAUUAAUUCAUUUCCUGUUGAACGAACAUUAACAUUACGUGAACGAGCAUCUGGUACAUAUUAUGCUAGUGCUUAUUUUAUAGCAAAAAUUCUGUCCGAUACAUUGGUUCAAUUACCAAUACCAAUUUUAUUUACAUGUGUUGUUUAUUUUCUAAUUGGUUUACAACUAUUAGCUGGCAAAUUUUUUCUUUUUAUGUUAUUCAUAAUUCUUUGUUCAAUAACAUCAACAUCAUUGGCAUUAAUGAUCUCUGCUUUAUGUCGAACAACAUCAUUAAGUGUUACAGUUUUACCAAUGGUACUGGAAGUAACACGUCUAUUUGGUGGUUUCUUUAUAGCACCAUCACGUGUACCAAAAUAUUUAUCUUGGAUUGAUGCUUUAUCUUAUAUAAAAUAUACAUUUGUUGGUAGUGCUUUAAACGAAUUACAUGGUUUGAAUUUUACUUGUGAGGGAGUAAAAACAACAAUUGUAAAUGCAACAUAUAAUAUAACAGCACAUUGUAUACGUACUGGUGAAGAGUUAAUACAAGAGCGUGGAUAUAAUUAUAUUUCUAUUGGUGGUUGUAUCGGUGUUUUAUUAGCUUUUAUUAUUUUUUGUCGUACUUGGGCUUUUAUUGGUGUACGAUUUCUUAAACAUUAA